AGCUCCGCUUGUACUUUGGAACAACUGGUCAACCGUGCUACUUGCACAAUCUAUCGGCAAAGGUUACGCGGCACCUGAACACGAUCAUGGCAGAGUCACUGGGCCUCAUCGCCAUCUGCCUUUUAGGAUAUCUACUCAGUGCUGACUGUACAGUUUUUCUCGAUCGCGAAGAUGCCGCAAAAAUUCUGAGUCGGCCCAAGAGGUAUAAUUCCGGCAAACUGGAGGAGUUUGUUCAAGGGAACCUUGAGAGAGAAUGUAUGGAAGAGAAGUGUAGUUUUGAAGAAGCGCGAGAAGUUUUUGAAAACACCGAAAAAACCGUUGAAUUUUGGAAGCAGUAUGUUGAUGGAGAUCAAUGUGAGUCCAAUCCAUGUUUAAAUGGCGGCAUAUGCAAAGAUGGCAUUAAUUCCUAUGAAUGCUGGUGUCAGAUUGGAUUUGAAGGAAAGAACUGUGAGUUAGAUGUGACGUGUAACAUCAAGAAUGGCAGGUGCAAGCAGUUUUGUAAACUGGAUGCUGAGAACAAGGUGCUUUGCUCCUGCACUACUGGGUACCAGCUUGCAGAGGAUCAGAAGUCCUGUGAACCAGCAGUGCCAUUUCCAUGCGGAAGAGUUUCUGUCCCACACAUUUCUACGACGCACACCCGCGCUGAAAUUUUUUUUUCCAAUACGGACUAUGAGACUUCCACGACGGACUAUGAGAAUUCCACAGCAGACUAUGAAAAUACAACUGAAGCUGAAAGCAAUGUGGGUAGCCACACCCAACCAAUCGACGACCUGACUCGAAUUGUUGGUGGAAAAAAUGCCAUACCAGGCCAAUUCCCUUGGCAGGUCGUUUUGCAUGGGACAGUUGAUGCGUUCUGUGGCGGGUCCAUCAUUAAUGAAAAAUGGGUGGUAACUGCAGCCCACUGUAUUAAUCCGGAUGUGAAAAUUACCAUUGUUGCAGGUGAAUAUAACAUCGAGGAGAAGGAACAUACGGAGCAAAAGCGAAAUGUGAUUCGCACUAUUCUUCACCACAGCUACAAUGCAGCUGUCAAUAAAUACAGCCAUGACAUUGCCCUUCUGGAACUGGAUGAACCCUUAACGCUAAACAGCUAUGUAACACCUAUUUGCAUUGCUGACAGGGAAUAUACCAACACCUUCCUUAAAUUUGGAUCUGGCUACGUGAGUGGCUGGGGGAGAGUCUUCAACAGAGGGAGACCGGCUACUGUUCUUCAGUACCUUAAAGUUCCACUCGUUGACCGAGCCACGUGCCUUCGCUCCACCAAGUUUACCAUCUAUAAUAACAUGUUCUGUGCUGGCUUCCAUGAGGGAGGUAAAGAUUCAUGCCAGGGAGACAGUGGGGGACCUCAUGUUACCGAAGUGGAAGGCACUAAUUUCUUAACUGGAAUUAUUAGCUGGGGUGAAGAGUGCGCAAUGAAAGGAAAAUAUGGAAUAUACACCAAGGUAUCCCGGUAUGUCAACUGGAUUAAAGAAAAGACAAAGCUCACUUAAAGUAAAAUGAAUUUCCAAGGCUGACAUAUUUGGGGUUGAAAAUGGACAAGGUCCUUUACCAACGAAUCACUUUCCCAUCUCUUUAGAUUUGACUGUAUACGUUCUAUAAAUAUAGCUGUUUCUCUUUAUGGGGAGAAAUCUAGCUAGAAUUCCUAUUUUACUAGGGUAAAUCGAUUAGAAAAUGUAAUCAGUAGGGGCGCCUGGGUGGCUCAGUCGGUUAAGCCUCUGACAUCGGCUCAG